AUGGGUAAGGAGAAGACUCAUAUUAACAUCGUCGUCAUCGGCCAUGUAGACUCUGGGAAGUCUACUACGACCGGGCAUUUAAUUUACAAAUGUGGUGGUAUUGAUAAGCGAACAAUCGAGAAGUUUGAGAAGGAAGCCCAAGAAAUGGGCAAGGGCUCCUUCAAAUACGCUUGGGUGUUGGAUAAGUUAAAAGCAGAGCGUGAACGUGGCAUAACGAUCGAUAUUGCGCUCUGGAAGUUUGAAACGGGCAAAUAUUAUGUAACAAUCAUCGACGCACCCGGUCACAGGGACUUCAUAAAGAACAUGAUUACCGGUACCUCGCAGGCUGACUGCGCCGUACUGAUCGUGGCAGCCGGUACCGGCGAGUUCGAAGCCGGUAUAAGUAAGAAUGGUCAGACGCGUGAGCAUGCCCUUUUGGCCUUCACCCUCGGCGUGAAGCAAUUAAUUGUAGGCGUGAACAAGAUGGAUUCCACAGAGCCACCAUACCACGAAGCGCGCUAUGAGGAAAUCAAGAAAGAAGUGUCUUCUUACAUCAAGAAGAUUGGCUACAACCCGGCGACAGUGGCGUUCGUGCCGAUCUCUGGUUGGCACGGAGACAACAUGUUGGAACCCUCCGAUAAAAUGCCCUGGUUCAAGGGGUGGACCAUUGACCGCAAGGAAGGCAAGGUUGAAGGCAAGACCCUUAUUGAAGCCUUGGAUGCGAUCCAACCCCCAUCCCGGCCUACGGAGAAACCGCUGCGCUUGCCUCUGCAGGACGUGUACAAGAUAGGAGGCAUAGGCACUGUGCCCGUGGGACGAGUUGAGACCGGGAUUCUCAAACCUGGCAUGGUGGUGGUUUUCGCUCCUGCAGCUAUUACAACUGAAGUGAAAUCAGUCGAGAUGCACCACGAAGCACUUCAGGAAGCCAUGCCUGGGGACAAUGUUGGCUUUAACGUUAAGAACGUGUCUGUGAAGGAGCUGCGUCGUGGCUACGUUGCUGGCGACUCCAAGAACGCCCCGCCCAAGGGUGCUGCUGACUUCACUGCGCAGGUAAUUGUCCUAAAUCACCCUGGCCAGAUCAGCAACGGUUACACGCCCGUGCUGGACUGCCACACGGCUCACAUUGCUUGCAAAUUUGCUGAGAUCAAGGAAAAAUGCGACCGUCGUACUGGCAAGACAACGGAGGUAGACCCGAAGUCGAUAAAAUCCGGUGACGCGGCUAUUGUCACUCUGGUGCCGACCAAAGCCUUGUGCGUGGAGUCGUUCCAGGAGUUCCCACCUCUGGGUCGUUUUGCUGUGCGAGACAUGCGUCAGACCGUUGCCGUAGGAGUCAUCAAGAGCGUAACCUUCAAGGAAGUAACAACGGGUAAAAUUACCAAGGCGGCCGAGAAGGCCCAGAAGAAGAAAUAA